UCCCUGCGAGGCGUGCGGGCCCGGGCCGGAGCCCCGCGGCGAGAGGCGGGAGCGGAGCUGUCAGCAUGGCCGGUGGCCCUGAGCCCUACAUUGAAAUAUUUGAGCAACCCAGGCAAAGGGGCAUGCGUUUCAGAUACAAAUGUGAGGGAAGAUCAGCAGGCAGCAUCCCAGGAGAACGCAGUACUGAGAACAACAAGUCCUUCCCUUCCAUCCAGAUUCUGAACUAUUUUGGAAAAUUCAAAAUAAGAACCACGUUGGUAACAAAGAAUGAGCCCUACAAGCCACACCCCCAUGAUCUGGUUGGCAAAGACUGCAGAGAUGGCUACUACGAGGCUGAGUUCGGGCCAGAUCGGCGAGUCCUGUCUUUUCAGAACCUGGGCAUUCAGUGUGUGAAGAAGAAAGACCUGAAGGAAUCCAUUUCUUUACGAAUCUCAAAGAAAAUUAACCCUUUCAAUGUGCCCGAGGAGCAGCUGCACAACAUCGACGAGUACGACCUGAACGUGGUGCGGCUCUGCUUCCAGGCCUUCCUCCCUGAUGAGCACGGCAACUACAGCAUAGCCCUGCCUCCUCUGAUCUCCAACCCCAUCUACGACAACAGAGCUCCCAACACCGCAGAAUUGAGAAUUUGUCGUGUGAACAAGAACUGUGGAAGCGUCAAAGGAGGAGAUGAAAUAUUUCUGCUGUGUGACAAAGUCCAGAAAGAUGACAUAGAAGUGAGGUUUGUGCUGGACAACUGGGAGGCCAAGGGCUCCUUCUCCCAGGCCGACGUGCACCGCCAGGUCGCCAUCGUGUUCCGGACGCCGCCGUUCCUCAGGGACAUCUCCGAGCCCGUCACCGUGAAGAUGCAGCUGCGCAGGCCCUCGGACCAGGAAGUCAGCGAGCCCAUGGAUUUCAGAUACCUGCCAGAUGAAAAGGAUCCAUAUGGCAACAAAGCAAAAAGGCAGAGAUCAACGUUGGCUUGGCAGAAGCUCAUACAGGACUGUGGAUCCAACACGAUGGAGAGGCCCAAGGUAGCCCCAUUCCCUGUGGUCACUCCUGAGGGGAAGGCAAUUAAGAAAGAACCCAACGUGUUUCCCUCCUCGCUGACGAUGUCCCCGGGGCUGGGAGCCCUGUCCAACCCGAGCCAGCUGUACGCGAGCUGCUCGCAGCCGCCGGCGGGGCCGAGCAAGCAGGACUUGCUGAACACCCCGUUCUGGGCGCUGAGCUCCCUCCAGCACGGCAGCAGCUUCAGCACCGAGCCGCAGGGCAGCGCCUCCCUGCCGGCCUUCCCCGACGGCAGCGCCCUGGCCUGGCCCGACGAGAAGGAUUCGAGCUUCUUCCGGACCUUCGGCAGCGCCAACGGGCUGGGCGCCGCGGGGCUGCCGGGCCCCGAGCUGCAGCAGGGCCUCCCCGGCGGCUCCGGGCUGCCCAUGGACACGGAGGACAUGGGCUGCGGCAGCCUGAGCCUGGAGCGCUUCAGCGCCGCCGUGCUGGGCAGCCAGCGGCAGCAGCCCCCGCUCCAGCUGCCCCCGGCCGGGCCCGGCGCCGCCUUCCCCUCAGCGCAGCCCGGCCUGGCCGAGCCCGCCUACGGCUUCAUGGACGCGGAGGGGCUGGGCGAGCCCCGGCUGGGCCAGCAGGGCGGCCUGCCCGACGGGCACUUCUACGACACCGACGGUGUCCACGCCGAGGAGCUCUACCAGUCGUUCCCCUUCGAUAACAUCCUGCAGAGCUAUCACCCGUGAGCCGGCGCUGCCUGCG